AUGUCAUUAAAAGAUAGAUACAAAUUCGAAAAUAUUAGUUGUAAGAGAAUAGUAAAAUAUGAUGUAGAAGAACUUUUAGCAAGUAAUCUUUCAAUAAUAAAUCAUCCAAUUGAUAUUGCAUCAGUUAUAAGAGAAUCAAAAGAGUCUUCAAAUGAUAAACCUCAUUUAUCAUAUUAA